AUGGUCGGCAGCAGGAUCGGCGAGCAUAGUGGCUGGGCCGUGCCGCCCAACGAUGCUGCGCCAGAUGCUGUCCGCCCGGCCUAUGGAUCGGCGCCGGUGGAUGUGUGGGACGCUGUGCUGGCUGGCGGACUUGGUGGCUAUGUCAUUGGUGGCUCGUUUAUGGGUCCGCGCAAUGCGGUGCCCGCGGCGCUAGUGACGGCCGCUGUGGCGGCGAGCGCAGAGUUGGCUGGCGCUGCAUACGCGCAGUGGAAGCGGAACAAGAUUCUGGCGGCACGGCGUGCAGCUGCGGGCAUCGGUGCCGGCGGUGGCGACGCCGACGACGACGACGACUGGCUGCCCAAGUGGUUCCCCAUCCGCCGCAAUGCCCGACCGAGCGAGGGCAGCGGGUGAUCGACAGCCAAGUACCCUUCGCUCAGCUCGGCGGAUCGAGCUUGACGUGGUUGGCCGGGAACCAGCCCGAGGCGUCGGCGCCGACCCGCCGGCCGGACCACC